CUGCCAAGGUCUAUCCAUUAAAUACAUGUGCCUCUAGUAUGAAGGCUCUCAAAAUUUGUAGACCAGGGGCGGACUGACAACUCAUGGGGCCCCCCGGGCAAUAGGGGAUCAUGGGGCCCCUGUGUCCUUGCCCAAACUCAAAAAAGCCUAAGAGAAAGGUACCAGGGGCAUCUAAUGGGGCCCCUUUACUGACCCCGGGCCCUCGGGCCAUGCCCGAGUUUCCAAAUGGUCAGUCCACCCCUGGU